ACCAGAGCAAAGGUUUUCUGAACAUUUAAAAGAUGAAAAAGGUGAAGAAUCCCAGAAGCGAUUUAUCUUGAAGCGAGAUAACUCUAGUAUUGAUAAAGAAGACAAUCAGCAAAACAGAAUUCUUCCAUUUAGAGAUGACAGACGAAGUAAAUCAAUUGAAGAGAGAGAAGAGGAGUAUCAGAGAGUGAGGGAGAGAAUAUUUGCACAAGAUUCAGUUUGCUCCCAGGAAAACCUUUUUGUGGAAAACAGUAGGCUGUUGGAAGACAGUAGUAUAUGCAAUGAUACCCAUAAGAAAAGACAGCUGUUUAGGGGUAACAGAGACAGCACGGGGAAGGCAUCUGGCAGUCGGCAGAGCAGUACGGAGAAUGAACUGAAGUGGACUGACCACCAGAGACCAUGGAGCAGCACUGACUCAGACAGCUCAAAUCGAAAUUUGAAGCCAGCCAUAACAAAGACAGCCAGUUUUGGUGGGAUAACUGUCCUGACAAGAGGAGAUAGCUCAUCAAGUAACAGAAGUACCGGCAAACUGUCUAAAACAGGUUCAGAGUCUUCCAGCAGCGCUGGCUCCUCAGGAUCCCUGUCACGAAUACAUCAGCCUCUCCAAAGUGCAUCUCUUGUCCCUGGGGUGACGGCUGGCUCUUCAGGCAAUGUGUCCUACCCUGAGAAUGGGAUGAGUGGCCAGGUGGCCCCCAGCAACACCAGCUAUAUCCUUCUUCCACUUGAAGCUGCAGGGAUACCACCUGGCAGUAUCCUUCUCAACCCACACACAGGUCAACCGUUUGUAAAUCCUGAUGGAACGCCGGCAAUAUACAACCCUCCCAGUGGCCAGCAGACGAUGAGGAGCCAGAUGGUGGGGCAGUCCCAGCAGCAGCCUUCAUCCCAGCAGCCUCAGCAGGUUCAACAGCCACAGCAGCAAAUGGCAAGUCACCUUGUCACACAGCCUGUUCAGGCAAUGCAGCCAUCUUCUCAGUCAGUCCAGUAUCCAGCAGUUUCUUAUCCUCCCCAGCAUCUCCUGCCAGUCUCUCCAACGCAGCAGUUUUCUGUGCGAGAUGACAUGACCACGCAGUUUAGCCAGAUGAGCUUAAGCCGUCAAUCAUCAGGAGACAACCCCGAAUCGCCUUCCGGUCCUGUCUACCCAUCGCCUCUCCUGCAGCAGCCUGCCCAGCAGACGGGUUACAUCAUGGCUUCCCCAGGUCAGCAGCUUCCCCCCGGAGGCUUCACAGGGUCGGGUCCACCAGUGUCCCAGCAAGUGCUGCAGCCGCCACCACCCCCUCCCCAGGGCUUCGUGCAACAACCACCGCCACCUGCUCAGAUGCCAGUGUAUUAUUACCCAUCUGGUCAGUACCCUACCUCAACAACUCAGCAGUACAGACCCAUUGCCUCAGUUCAGUACAAUGCACAGCGGAGUCAACAGAUCCCACAGACUGCACAGCAAGCAGGUUACCAGCCUGUCCUGCCGAACCAGCAGCAGGGGUUCCAGGGUCUCAUGGGAAUGCAGCAGCCACCCCAAAGCCAGAACCUGAUGAAUAAUCAACAGGGAAAUCAGGUGCAAGGCAUGAUGGUGCAGUAUCCAGCCAUGUCGUCUUAUCAGGUGCCAAUGACACAGGGUUCUCAAGGAUUGCCGCAACAAUCAUAUCAACAACCAAUCAUGCUACCUAAUCAAUCAGGUCAAGGAACACUUACAGCCACUGGAAUGCCUGUCUACUGUAAUGUCAUACCUCCUGCCCCACAGAAUAACCUACGGCUGAUUGCCCCACACUGCCCCUCCAAUAACGUUCCAGUUAUUUCUGCCAGCUGCAGGACAAACUGUGCGAGUAUCAACAAUGCAGGGUGGCCGGUCAAGUACUGACACUGUGGUGUAGCAUGGAUACACGAGGAUAGCGGUGCAUUAUUUGACAAAAUAACUCAUGGCCUUCAAACGAAGAGGAACACAACAGGAUAAUCAGUUGAGGACAUAAGUACUGACUAUGCUCAAGUGAUUUGCUGCUGGAAAAAUCUGUAAAAAAAAAAAAAAAUAAAAUUUUGAAAAAAAAAUGUUUGCUGGUUAAUGGUGCAUAUUUUUGUCAUGUCUGCUAGGUAUGCCUUUAUAGCUUAGCUAGUGACAUGAAUUCAUUGAGGUAAGAUUUUUUCCUACCACUGAACACCACUGUGUAGAUUGUAAUAUCCCCGAUUCGGAUUAGUUUUGUACUUUGUGUUGAGUUUGUGAAGCUAAAAGUAUUUAAAAAUAUAAUAAAAUCACAUUGUACCAAAGCUGUAAUGGAAAUGAGAAAAAAAAAUGAAAACAAAAAAAAAGAAUUACUGAAUGGAAGGAAUAAUUUAUAUACACUAUAGAGUUUUUUUAUGGAUAUAUACUGUAUUGUAGUGCUUAAUCACAAUAAAGAUAUUUGACCUCAUGGAGAAAGGUCAUGUUUCUA